CUUAUUUUUGUUUUGAAAAAGGGAAAUUUAAAACUGGACGGAUAGUCAGACGUAAAACACAAACAAACGGAAUAAAUCCUCACUAAACGACACCACAAUGGCUGCAAUUUGACAUGUUUCACCCCUGAAUGUAAAGGUCGCUUCACACCGAAAUGAAGAAGAAGGCAAGGAUGUCUCAGCGCGCAGUCACGGGAAGCAACCAGGGGGAGUGCUGUGCACUCUGCAGGCUCAGUGAUGAUGACCCGGCCAUGUUUGGGGAAAAAGUCACAAUCAAGGAGCACAAACUCUCUGUUCACUACUUCUGUUUGCUGACGUCUAGUGGAGUUUACCAGCGAGGAGAGGAGGACGAGGGCGUCUUUGGUUUCCUGGUGGGCGACAUCAAACAGGAGGUCCGUCGCUCUGGUCGACUGAUGUGCAGCAGCUGUAAGAAGAAGGGAGCGUGUGUCGGCUGUAACGUCAGAAGUUGCAGGAAGAUGGUCCACUACCCCUGCGGGAGGAGCAACUUGUUCAUCUCUCAGUUCACCGGAAAUUUCGCGUCGUACUGUCCGGAUCACAGUCCCACUCAGUCUCUGUGUGUGAGUUUAGACCACAGCCUGCCUCAGUCCUGCUCCAUCUGUUUGGACUCCAUCGAUCCCGUCCUGAGCUACUCCGUCCUCAAAUGUCCGUCGUGCUACGCCAGCUGGUUCCACAGGGACUGUGUGCAGCAUCAGGCCCACAGUGCAGGCCUCUUCUUCUUCAAAUGUACACUCUGUAACAACAUGGAGAGCUUCCAGGAGGAGAUGCUGCGGAUGGGAAUAUACAUCCCAGAGAGAGAUGCAUCAUGGGAGUUGGAGGCAAACGCGUAUUCAGACCUGCUGGAGGUUUACAUGCACUGUGACGCUCUCACCUGCCUCUCCCACAACGGACGGACCCACUCCAGCACGACCGGUCGGUUUGAGGUGAUUCGCUGCCGGUUGUGUGGCUCCAGAGGGACUCACAGGAAAUGUUCGGGGCUGGAGUUGGACACCAGCGACUGGGCCUGCAGCGACUGCACACAGGCUACUGACGGCAAAGCUUCCCUAGUUGCGUCUCCUCAGCAACGUCAGAGGAAAAGUCUGCUGGCCAAACGCCACCUUUCACCCAUCCACUCCUCCAGCAGUAAGAGACCUUUGUCUGUUGGCUCUGGAUCACCUGAGGAGAUCCUGCGGGCGCUGGGCCCUCAGCUGCGCCCCCUCAGUGUGCAGGUGGAGGUGGACAGGGAUCAGGCUCUGUCUGCAGGUGUGGAGCUGUUGAGGAGGGCCAACUUCGACUUCACGCACACUCUGUCUGUCAGGUUCAAAGACGACCAGCAGACUGCAUUUCCCAGCAGCCUCCAGGACAUCGACACAGCCAGGCAGCUCUUCCUGAAGCUGCUGGUGCAGCAGAUCCAGGACUCUGCGGUGUUCGAGGGUCCAGACGGUUCCAAAAACCUGGCACUGGACUCCCAGGCUCUGCGUGACGACCUGUACUUUGACGUCGGCUGCCUGCUGGCUCUCUCUCUGGUUCACGGCGGUCUUCCUGUCGGCUUCUUCUCCAGCGCUCUCUUCCAGUGUCUGUUCAACUACCCGCCCAACUCCCCGCUCGCCGUCAUACACAUGACCCCCGACACACACUUCACCAGCCGGGUCAGCAUGAUGGCGGAGGCGGAGUCUUUGGACGACCUGAAAGAAAUCAUGGCUGCGAGUUGGGAGUACCUGGAGUUAGCCGGCUGCAACCGACCAAUCAGCAGCCUGGAGGAGAGAGAGGCUCUGGUGGAGGAUCUGGUCAGCUUCACGAUGAUCACCAGGAUGCAGCUUCCACUGCAGAGGUUUCGGGAGGGCCUGCAGACUUUGGGUGUCUUUGAUCAGGUGCAGCUCUUCCCGUCUGUGUUCUGCCGCAUUUUCUGUGAAACGGCGGUUCAGCUCACGGCUCACACGGUCGGUCAGAUCUUUACCGUCAACUUCUCGCAGCAGCAGGAGCGACUGAGCCGAGAGACGCCUGUCGUCACCUUCUGGAGACACUUCCUGCUGGAGUGUGAAGUUGGGAGAAGCUCUAUCUCCCUGCAGGACCUUCUUCGUUUCACCACUGGAGCUGAGGAGCUCCCAGGAGCCGGCUACCUCCUUUCUCCCUCAAUCUCCUUCCUCCACCCAGUGGCGAGGGGAGGAAGAGAGAGUGCGAGAGUCAGAAAAAUGAAGGCGGGGAUGAGGGACCAGGGGCUCUUCCCUCAGAGCAAACCAGACUCCAACCACCUUCUCCUGCCCGUCUCCUCCACAUACCCGGCUUUCAAAAGCUCCAUGGAGCAGGCCAUCAGCCACCAUGUGCACCUCCUCCCCACAAAGAGUUAGAGGAGGAGAAAGUACUUUAUGAGCUGCAUUUAAAGAAAGUUUGUUUCAGAUCUUACUCACUAAGGAAGCUGGUGAAGUGUUUUCAUAUCGAGCCAAAGCAAAGACCUAAAACUCAUUUCUGGUCUUUGAUGGAUCUUUCCUCAAACCUCCAGCUGUGAUGUGACGAAAUGAAACGAUCACAGCAUUACGUUGUUAAAUGGCUAAAUAUCUUCUAUGCUUCUAGUUUAAAAACAAUUGUGCUGAUUUUAUAACUUUAUAUUAAGAGCUGAUUUUUAUUGUACAUAUUUGUGUUUCGAUGCCUUUAAUGAUGUUUGCUCCUGAUUUCUUGUUUGUCAUGUUUUCAUCUUUCUUUCUUUUUUCCCCCGGAAAGUGUGAAUAGCACGAGUCGAUCAAAUCCUGAGGUUUAUAAGAUGAGUGUUUGUUUUCCUCACGUGAAGUUAAAUCUCACACUUUGCUGAUGACAGUUUCAGUGAAGAGGUGCGGCACUGUCUCUGACUGUAGGUGUGUGUCGCCGCCCUUCACGAAGUACAGCGGAGAAGGGAAUGUGAAUGCACAAGGCAAAAAAAUGUUUUGUAAAAGAAAAUAACGUAAUUAUUAUUAUUGCUUUAUCUACAAACCUCCUGCUUUCUAACCUAAAAUCCUUUUAGAAAAACUUUAUUAGGUCGUUAAUGGGUACGUUAUUGGAGAUUUAAAGUAAAACUGAAGAGAUGCAGAGUAGAAACACUCAACAAACAUUGGUUUGUGUUGCUGUUACAGACAUAUUUAGGACUUUACCAUAAAACUGUAUGGGAUCCAUUAUAAUCUGGAUCGAUUACUUGAUUUGUUGGAAUUCUGUUAUUUUUCUGUAACUUCCUGUUAUUUAUCUGUUUUGUUUGUUGCAAUGUUUUACAACUAUGACUUUUCUCUCUGUUCAUGUGGGUCAUAAAAUACUGAAACAAA